ACGACAUACAAUAAUUGUGUAUGCAGACAGACCAAACUUGAUUAACAUUGCAACUAAAACAAUUUAGAUUUAAAAUAGACCGAAUGAUGCUAAUAUCAAUUGGUCAGAUAUUGCUAUGGACAAAGAACAAUAAUUAUCUGAAGAUAUAAUGGAGCGUUAAAUGAAAAGGAAUAGCCGAGGAAAGUCUAUUCAACAACUUUACAAAUAUGACCAAACUAGAAUGGAGGAAGCACAACCAACAACCAACUGGACUGUGGCACGGCUUAAAGAGUGUUUAAAUAAAGAAGACAUUCCAUAUGGCGAAAAUUUGCGGAGAAAAGAAUUGUACGAGUUAUGUGUUCAACAUAAAAAACCGACAACAUAUGAAUUGGAUUCUCUGUGUGAGGGUACACCGCAUACUAUUUUAAGAUCUGCUCCUUAUUGCUAUUUUUACAAUCCCAUCGAGAAUGUAUGGGGACUCAGUAAAAGAUAUUACGAUGCUCACUUAGCAUUCGGUGGAGAUUAUUCCGAGAAAAAAGCUGUAGAGACAUGGAAUGAAGCUCUGGCUAGAGUAACUUCGCAAGUUUGGAAUGAGUGUGUUAACCACACUGAAAAAAGGAUACUGGCAGAUUAUCAACGUUUUUUUGUUGAAAAAGGUACGAUCGAAAUUAUUGACAAUCUCGAUCCAAUCGACGAUGACCCCGAACUUAAUGAUGAUAAUGAUUCUCAGAGCCUUUCUGAAAUGCAAACAGUAUCUGAACUUGAUGAUGAUAAUGAUAAUGAUGAUGAUGAUGAACAGAACAAUGAAAAUGAGAAUUAUGAAUCUAUGGAAAGUAAACUUUCAGGAGAAAUCGAUGAUUUACAUAAUGAUGAUAAUGAAUGCGAUUACUUACUUGAGUCUUCAAGUACACUGGAAAAAAAUCCCUUCGAAAACUAUCAUCAAGGAGAGGUAGCUAAUUUUGUAGAAAUUGACUCAUUCCAGUACGUGAAUGAAGUGGAUGAUAACCUUGAACAGUUAGCUAAGGAUUCCAGUUUAACCGGGGAAUUAACCAUCAAUGUCACGGAGAAUGAUUUAAGUAUAGCAGUAAGAUCAAUUGCAAAUUUUAUUGAACCCAUUCCUCGUCCAAACCCAAUAGCUUCCGAGGAACAUGGUAUAAUUCAUAAAAUAUUGGAAAGAGCGAAUGAAACGACUCAAAUAACACUCGAUAUCAAAUCCAAGGACUUAGAUUCAUCAUCGCUGCAGGAUCAUUCAAUCGAGACUAUGUUAGAAGAAUAUAAGAUUGAAAAGGAAAACAAGAGGGUAAAUAAACAUGAUAUAAACAUGCGUAUUAAGUUGGAAGAUUUAGAAAGGCUAAAACCACCGCAAUGGCUGAAUGAUCAAAACUAUUAUUUCAAAAUUAUUGAAGAAAGAAAAGAUUCAGAAAUAUAUGUUUUUGACACAUAUUUUUAUCCUUCUUUAAAUAUUGGAAUUGAAAGGGUAAAAAAUCGUACUAAGAACGUUGACAUAUUCACAAAAACGUUUCUCUUCAUUCCCAUUCAUCUUGGGAACCAUUGGUGCCUGUGUGCUGUCAAUAUUCCAAAAGUUUCAAUAACAUAUUAUGAUAGCCUUAAGGGUACUAAUGACAAAUGUUUACAGAAAAUUGAAGGCUACUUAAUAGAAGAAUUUAAGAUGGUACGACCAACUUCUGACGGUCCAAAGAGAUGGAAAAAAAUACACGCACAGGAUAUUGCAUUGCAAAAUAAUGCAUACGAUUGCGGAGUAUUUAUUUGCUACUAUGCAAGCCAACUGUCAAAAGGAGAGUCAUUAACUGCCAUAAACGGAAGUAACAUGAGCCCGUUCAGAGCCGAAAUAUUGUAUGACAUUCUGUCAAAAUUAAAAAUCGAAGAGAAAUGUGCAAAGCGGAAAGACGAGCCUAUAAAGAAAGUUACUCCAGAAUAUGCAAGAGCUGCAGUAACUCCUCGUAGUACCGAGAUUAAAACGAGUAUCCCGGAAGUUUACCUGCACCAAUCCGCUAAUUUUCACCAAGGUGAUAAAAAAUACUUUAAGCAUCAGCGAGCAGGCGUCCAAUGCACUGCUAUAGCGACUGUUGCAUGCAUUUUGUUACCACCUAUAACUGUAGGAACGAUAACUACAGAAGAUUUGGAUAAAGUGUUGAUUUUUGGAGAUUUAUAUUAUCAAGAGUGCCGCAAUCAGCUUACAGUUAAAUCGGACCUACUUAAUGUAGAGGAAUUAUUGAGGAAUUUAAGUAUUGGCAACGGUAUAGUACAUUUCGAUGUAGAUGACAUAAUGUUUGGCCAAUUUAGAAAUAAUCAAUUACUUCAGGACACCAUUGACAAACAUUGUUUAACAAGCACUCACGAAACCAUUAGCCAUACUGGUUUUUUAUUCAUUGGCAACGAUAAAACAGUAGCAUUUUUUAAAUGUAAAAAGGGUUUGAUUUGGUUAUUUAAUUCGCACGGAGUGGAUCGGAAUAACCAAUAUCCAUUUUGGGAUGAAAAUGAUCAAAAAGCUCGAUUAUUUAGAUGUGGCAAUUCGAAAGCUUUAGUAUCUUUGUUACUAACAGGUACGAAUGAUGAAAGUACUGCUUUAUGGGCAAUUCAUAAAUUAAAUUUUGGAUUAAUGAAGAACAGAGGUACAACUGAUGCUGUAGCUUAUAUUUCUAACUACAUUUACUCUAACUUAGAUAAAAAUGUACCAACUGUUCUAGCUUUUCUAGAUUUGGCCAAAGCUUUUGACACUGUCGAUCAUAAGAUAUUGAUGGAUAAACUAUGGAGGUAUGGAAUUAGGGUAAAUCGAUUCUCGAUACCCAUUAGCAAUAACGCGAAUCAAAAUCCACCAAUCCCUAAUCUAGACUUACAAAAUCAUAAUUUAUUCAAUCUUGAUCUGAUUCAAAAUUCAAGCCCAAGUUUACAUCCAGAAUUACAAGACGAUUUCCUCGGACUAGACAAUCCGCAAGGUGACGUACACAACAGUACUGUCAGUAACAACACCGACCUUACAAACACAAUCACUUGUGAGCAGUUAUUGUCACCUUUUGCUAAUAAUAUAGCCCGAACGAUGUCUGAGACUGUCAAUAAUAAUAAUCAUAUCAAUAGUACAUAUGAAUUUCGACCACGGGAAUUAUUUCCAAAGUCAAGUUUUUCGACAGCUUGUAGCUUCAUAUCACCUGCACCUCAAUCCCUCUAUCCGGACAUGCCUCCCUACUCUACAGUACCAGCCCCACCGUUCAGUGGGACUGCGCGUUUACCGUACGCGCCGCCGUUUGCCCCACCACUCGUACCACCGAUGCUUCAGCAUCUACCAGCUACACACGUACAAUUUCACACCACGUUACCUCACGUUACUCAGAUCUACACAGCACCACUGACGUCAUAUUAUGCACCAGCUACAUAUGGACAGUCCCACACUAUUGUACCUCUCAUGACACAUACUUAUACAAACCGAACUGAGAGUACUUCGAAGUUGUCGUCAGUCAUAAGCGUUGAAUCAGAAACUUUAUCUUCUGAUCCCAUAAUCACUUGUAAUACUAAGAAACAGUCAUCUUCAUUACCAUCUAAAUUAUUAAUACUUACCCCUACAAUAUCAACGACCAACACCGAAGCUCCAACGCUUAUAGCAGCUGUACCCGAUUCGUCAGGCAACAACGUGGCAGCCAAACCUAAAGAGCUCAUGCCGCAUGACAAAAGCCAGUUGACUUCAUUACCUCAAUGA